AUGCAGGCAGUCGCGCUGCUGAGACAUGUGCCUCUCUUUGCCUAUGUGACGGCGGUGCCCGUUGCAUGUCUGGCCUACGUGCUCGCUAUCUGCAUCUAUCGUAUCUGGUUCCAUCCCCUUGCGAAGUACCCGGGUCCUUUGCUGGCCAAAGUGACCAAUCUCUAUGGAGGGUACUACGCCUGGAAGGGAGACCUGCACAUUGACAUGAUGCGCUGCCAUGAAAAAUAUGGCAACUAUGUUCGUUAUGCGCCAAAUCGGGUGCUGUUCAAUACCAAUACCGGUCUGAAGGAGAUUUAUGCGUACAGCAAAAGCUUCCAGAAGUCGGCCGCUUACGGUGCCAUGGUUCAUCGCGCUCCCAACACGCUCACCCUCAUUGACAAAAAGCAACACGGUCGCAAGCGACGCAUCAUCGGCCAGGGCUUUGGAGACGCCGCCCUGCGUGGCUUCGAAGGGACUAUCAUGGGUCAUGUACGCAAGUUCUGCGACGAGCUGUCCAAGGAUAUUUCGGGCGGAAAAGCUGGUGACUGGUCUAGUCCGCAGAAUAUGGGAAAAUGGUCAAACUACCUCACCUUCGACAUCAUGUCCGGCAUCAUCUUCGGCGAAAGCUUUGAUCUCAUUGGCAGCCCCAACAACCGGCAGAUCGUCAAGUGCAUUGAGGACUCUAACGUGCGUACUGGAGUCUUGUCGCAGGCUGGUGAACUAUCCACACGCCGUCUCGACCGCUGGCUGUUCCCCCAGGCGAUUCAAGGCCGGAAUGCAUUCAUUCGCUUUGUCAACAUUCUGCUCAAGAAGCGCAUGUCUGCGAAGCCCUUGAAGCGCCACGACGCAUUCUCAUUCUUGCUGGAUGCGGUCGAUCCGGAGACGCAACAGGGAUUUACGCCUGCAGAGAUUGGUGCUGAAAGUACCACCAUGAUUGUUGCCGGAUCCGACACCUCCUCCACCGCCAUCGCUUCUACCUUCUUCUACCUCUGUCGCAACCGGGAAUGGUACGAGAAAGCCAAGGAAGAGGUUCGCGCUGCGUUCCGGGGCCCCGACGACGUCGCACUCGGACCCGCCCUGAACAACUGUGUGAUCCUGCGCGCAUGUAUCGACGAGAGUCUUCGUAUGUCCCCACCGGCCAGUAGCUCCCUUUGGCGCGAAGUCCUUGAGGACGGAGUCACCAUUGACGGUCACGUCGUCCCGCGAGGCUACGACGUGGGUACCUGCAUCUACGCCAUUCAACACAACCCCGACUACUACCCAGCACCCUUUGAGUACCGUCCCGAUCGCUGGCUUGACCCCGUGCCGGAAAAGGUGCAGCUCGCACGGUCGGCUUUCAACCCGUUCUCUAUUGGACCGCGGAGCUGUCUGGGGAAAGGGUUGGCAUGGACGGAGCUGAUGCUGACCAUGGCAUAUAUGCUAUCGAAGUAUGAGUUCCGCAGUGCGCCGGGUGAGGACGAGAAGGUUGGAGGUGGAAAUGAGGCCAUGGGACCUGGAAGACAGCGCGAGGGUGAAUAUCAGUUGCGCGAUCAUGUCACGGCUGCAAAGGACGGCCCGAUCGUGCAGGUUUCUUUCCGAUAG